CACAUAUGGGUCCCAUUGUAUUACGUAAUGGGUUUUUGUAAUUUUUUUUUUCAAUUUUAAACAUAACAUAACAUAGGGUAUAUAACUGCCAGUGAACAUUAUUGAGUUUAGCCAAAAUAUGUACGUAUUAAGGUACUCAAUCAUGGAUUUGAAAUUGAUAAAUCAGUCUAUGAUCAAGUUUGUUAUGAUAUUUUAUUGUAUUCAUAGGUAAAAACAAGCAAUGACAUUUGAUCAUAGGUAAAUGAAGAAGAUACAUUCUGAAAUAAAAAUAUCUUAUAUAUGAUAAGUAUUCUUUCAUUUAGACAGAUAUUACUUUCAGUCUUAAAUAAUCGUUCAAAGGAUUAUGUACAAUUUGUGUAAGAUUAUUAUUUAAGGUUGACUUUCCUCUUAUCUAUGACUAUUCGUUCAGUGUUUUAUCCUCAUGUUUGCAAAGUGCACAAAGGUCUAAUGUUUGUUACAUAAUAGUGAAAAUGUUCACAGGAGCAUAAGUUUCAUUCAUAAUGGCAGUCAAUAAACAGUUAAACAAUACUGUGUUUGGGUUUGAAUUGUAGAUUUUGUAAAUGGUAAGUUAGUAAUGAUAGUAUACUACUUAAAUGUUAGUAAUAUAUGGUGCUUUUCAAACCUCUUGACCAAAAUUUAGUGAUUAAAAGAGUGUAGCACUAAGCUUACAUAUUUGUUUGAUGAUGGAUGAACAGGAUUUUCGAUAUAAUUCAAACCAUGUUUUUGUUUAGAAAUAUGAUCAAACAUUUACCAAUCAACAUUUAAAUAGAUUAUGCUAUCUCUUUUAGAAGUCAUUACAAACUAUUCUAGUAUAACUAGAAACAUGAAUACACUUAAACAAUGUAGCUGUUCAAAAAUAAUUCCGAAUUAGUGAAAUUUCAGAUUAGUUAAAUUAAGUGUUUAUAUCAAACUCAAUGAAUAACAGAUGAAGCGUUAGAUUUGAAUUAUUUUUUCUGUCAACCAACAUUGAAGUCAGGACUUUCAAUACAAGAUGGCUCCACUGUAUGGAACGGAAACUUGGAGAACUACUAAAGCUAUCAUCCAGAAAAUACAAUUGUUUAUUAGUAGUAGUCUACACAAAAUACUUCGUAUCCGUUGGCCAAACACUAUCAACAACAACCUAUUGUGGAACAGAACAAACCAAAUUACAGCAGAUGAAGAAGUCAGGAAGAAGAGCUGGAAGUGGUUAGGAUACACAUUGAAUAAAUUACGCAACUGUGUCAAAAGACAAGCCCUCACUUGUGAUCCUCAAGGGCAAAAAUAGAAGAGGAAGACCAAAGAACACCGAAAAAUGGAGACAAACAUGAGAAGAUUGAACCACAAUUGAAUAGAACUGGAAAGGACGGUUCAAGACAGAGUGAGUGAGUUGGAGAAUGCUUAUCAUAGGCGGUAACAGGCGUAAGUAAAUAAAACAAAACUCGAAGUCUUAGGUUAAUCCAUCUUUUUCUUCAUACUCCCUACUUAUGUUUUACUUGUAAUAUUUCAGUAUUAUAUUCAACUCAACAAAGAAAGGAAAUAUCUAUUAUAUUGAAUAAAAUAUUUCCUUUCACUUGACGACUAAUUUUUCAUAUGAUGGAGAAAAUGAAAAAAAAAUAGAAGUAUUCUUGACAAUGGAGAAAAACACACACACACAAACACUAUGUAUUUCUAUAGAUGAUAGAAACCAAGUAUUGGUAGCGAGAAUGAUCAAUAAAGAAAUAUAAUUUUUCAAAUCAAUUAUUAUUUUUUUACUGGGGGAAAACUAGUGAGAGAAAGUGAUUUUUUUCUAGAAUUGCUUGAAACAAACACUCCCCCCAUCCAAAAAUAAAUAAAUCAAGAAAUUGUUGGCGACGUACUUAAUAUUAAGGCUAAUAAAAAUUUUGUUUUGUUUUUCGCUUCAGGCAUCUAACUUAUUAGGGUAUUGCAUUUCGUUUUAAAAAGUUAGUGGGAAUUUUCAUAAAAAUAAAUUAGCGAGACUAUGAUUUAUGGAUGAGCCAAUCAGAAGUGUUUUAGGGAUUUCAUGGUCAUGGCACCAAUUUCAGUACCUGAUACUCAUGUACGAUCGGUUCAUAGUGGAUUUUAGAGAAAAUGUGAGACUAUAAUAAAUGGGACCACUAAGAAGUUACUUUAUUUGUGAUUGUGGUAAUCAAAUGAUUUGUGGACCUUGUGCAGACUACCGUGAUGAUGUUGUCUUUCGUUGUAAUAUGUGUUGGAGGAAGACAUCUACUAGAAUAGGAUCAUUUCGCUCGAUCUAGAUUGAGACUAAGGCAAAUUAUGACAGUUGUCGCGUUCUGGAUACUAAGAGCACGAAUAUCACUGUCUGCUACCGGAUACUAUGAUAUAUACCGAUGAUUGGAGUGCAUACAGAUGGCUACAUAAACUUGUUGAUAUGCAUCGUUUCGUUGUCCACAAAUGGCAUUUUGUGGAUCAAACAACCAGAGUGCACACAAAAGAUACUGAAACUAUGUGGUCGAGGCUGAACGAGUUUUUGCGACUUUCUCAUGGCUCCAGAGAUCGCCUUUUAUGGAGCCAUAUAGAUGGUUUCCUCUGAUGUGUUCAUUAGGAUUUUAGAAUCUCUGAACCUCUUUUUAACCUUGACAAGUUUUCGAACCAUCUAAAAGAAGUGUGUCCACUUUAAUUCUUCGAUUCUGUAUAAUAUAUUUUUACUCUAUACUGUUUUCUAUUUGGCUAAUAUUUCUAAAGGUCACAUAAAAUUCGUUCAAAGGUCGUCCAUAAGUUAUAGUCUCCCCGAUAAAUUCUAUAAAUUAGACGAAGAAAAGAUAAGGCUUUUAAAUGAUUCAGCUAUAAUUUUACUAAUAAGAUUAGAGCUGGAAUACUUAACACAUACCUCAAAAUUAUUUAAUCUUUGUUCAUAAUAGUUUGAACCUUGUUUCCAAACCCUUUAUUAUGAUUUUCUAUUCAAAUUCAAUAUUCUAGAAAACAUGAUUACUGUAAGUGUAAUUUAUUGCUUUAAUUUCAUGCUUCUGUUAUUGAAUCUGUGGGGAUAGUCUUUUUUAUUUUUAAAAGGUAUUUACCGAAGUUUAUUUUGUCCAUUAUCUCUAGUAUGUAUCCGUCUAAGACUUUGUCUAUGUAAAUCCGGUUAUGUUUUCCCCUUACUAAGUGAGACUUGAAUGGUACGUUUAAACUUAGAAUUGUACUGAUAAAUUUGUAACACAGACUGAAGUUUUCUGUAUGCUGUUUUUAAACUGCUGUAGGGAAUUUAGAAAAAUUUUCGACAUUCCACAUUAAUGUGGGAUCUCGGUCAGUUCAUAUAAAUAGUCCAUCCAGCAUUCGUCACAACUGAUGAGAACGUAUAUCCUUUCAAACUUUGAAAGCCAUAUUGCAUUAUUCAAACUUUUUACCUAGUUUGAAGUAUAUCAGUAAUAAAAAUACGAAAAAUCAUUUCAUAAGUACCACUCAAGAAUGGACAGUUUUAAUGUAUAAUAACAAAGUUACUAUAUUUUAGUGGCUUAUCUUCGUUAAUCAAUCACCGUUAUUAUAUAAAUCUCAAAGAUGUUUGAAAUCAAAAGGUAAUAAGAAGCAAUUAGUCCCUUUUAUAAAUUUCGAUAGAACAAUGAGAUCAACUCCGUCUUCUCAUUGUUCUAUCGUAAUAAGAAGCGGCAACUACAGUUUAUUACUGGAUAGCACAGAUCACAAGGAUACAAGCACAUUGAGAGAGUUUGAAGCAGAGAGGCUAAUGUGUGUGUGAGAGCGAAUACAGAGGUGAAUUUAUAGUCAAACGGAAUCAAUGCGCAACUACUAGACAAGUCAAACGCUAAUAUUAGGAUUCGCGUACAUAUACACAUAGGAAAUAGAAUGAUUCAUCAAGCGAUAGUUAAGCUAUCAACAUAUUAGCGAGAGCGAAAUAUGUCAUGUGAUCAAGAGUACGUGUUUAUACAGACAAGAUAGUGAUAAUAAUAAUGCAAAGAAACGGACCUUCACUUCCACAGUAAUCAUUCACUGUUCUCCUUCUAUUUCCAUUAAUAUGAACCUCCCACUAGAUAUUUCACUUUCGAUUGAUAAUAUAUACUACUUAUAUCUGUUGACAUUAGUAGCACACAUCACACUUCCGUAUGAAUUUUGAAAUGGUGAUCUUUUAUUUAGUGUUUUAGUUUCGACAGUAAUUUAUUCUCAUAACUUUCCUAUAAAUUCCAAAUACAUUGGUCCAUAUUUGUUAAAUUACCACACAUUUAACAAAUUAUACGUUAAGUUUUCGAUAUGAAUAUCUUCGAUGAUUCAUAGAUUAUGACUGAUUGACAAAAUAAAUUAUGACUGUCAUUCGAUAUUAUUCCAGUCAUAAAUUGUAUAUUGUAAGCUGGAUAUAACUGAUUCAUUAAUGAUGCUGUUAAACUUUUCUUGUGACAAUUGGGAUUAUUCCUAAUGAAUUAAGUGAUAGUGUGAUGUGAGCUCAUUAUAUUUACAUAAGUGGUAUAUAACGAUGGUCAGACAUAGAAUGUAUUUCACUAGAAAAUCGAUAGGGGAAGAACGGGAACGAAGAGUAAUUGGUAUGAAAAUGCAGGAACAAUGAAAUCUGAGACGAUAGACUGAUAUUUGCAAAAAAACAGUCAUGUUUGAGACAAUUGAUUGAUAUUUUGGAAAUUAACUAUUUACUAUAUGGUUCUCAGAUUUUAGUAAGAUGUUCUGUAAUUUUGUGCUCAAAUACAUUCGAUUGUUCUUACUCGUGUUCUUUUUGAUUAAAAUAGUUGUGUCACUCUCAUAGAAUGAUCAAUAAUGGCUAAAAUGUAACUAUUCAUUGAAUAGCUCCACUUUGCGUUGAUCGGCUAGUAACAUAUAUCAUUCAGUUUACCUACCUAAAUCCCUUAGAAUUUAUUAUUAAAUGAUGGAAUAUUAUUAUAAUCUUAUGGGCUUUUAUUAUUAUUCUUAUUCCUUGUGUGAUUGUAAACAGAUGUUACCAUUAAGUUUAUUUACAUUCUGAAAUUGAUUUACUAAUUGGUUUGUGUUUUAAAGGUAAAACUAUUCGUCAUAAUAUCUAUUAGAUGUCACAAUAACGUGGAUAGGACUGACGUAAUACCUUGAAUUAAGUGUAUCAUAUAAAAACAAAGUAGUAAAUUAAAUUUUAAUUUACACAGUCAUUUUUCCAUAAGGUUAGCACUUUGAUUUAGAAGAAGAACCAUUUACUGAGGUGAAUGUUUUAAUCUUAAAGCUUUCAUUAUGUUUCUAGGCGAUAUCAACAGCACAUAAUUGAUAUUGUCUAAAAAGAUAUUAAAAGUUUCAUAAGUAAACAAUCCAUUUCUGAGAACAUAACAUUUCCAUAAUCUUUAUCCUCAGAGAUGAUAAUCCUCUAUAAUCUCAAGUGGAUAACAAACAUUUCAACAAUAUUCAUGAAUGGUAUAACUGCAAAAAAAGUAGAUAAAAUGAUCUCUUAACUAUAUCCAAUAUAUUGAAAACUUAGGAAAUACAAUAGAAGUUAUAAAUAAGAGAUCAUUGUGUUUUUCAAUUAUUCAAACAAAGUUGUUUAAAUAAUAUUGAAUUCUUUUAAAAGUUAUUAAGUUAAAUGUAAAAAGGAAAUGAAUUAAGUGAUUUUGAUCAUUAUCCUGAAGAAGUUCAGACAAGUUUGUUGGACGAAACGUUGGAAUUAUUUAAAUUUCAAUGGCUGAGAUUACUUUUCUAUACUCGGUGCCAAAUUAUUGUUGUUAAACUGUUCAUUCUAAUCUCGAAGAAUAUUUGUAUAAAAUAAUAAUAAUGAUAAUAUGUUUAAGAAUGGUAUAUAGUUAGACAGAAUAAAUUUUCUUAUUACAGUUAAAUUUUGUAAUCUAUCUCUUUAUGUAUGAAAAUACGUAACAUCCAUUAACACAUAAUUAUACAAACAAAACACAAGAAAAGAUGUUGUAAUUAACUUACUAGAUGAUUGUUCUUGAAAUAUAUCUCAGUUCUCUGAAUAUCUAGUGUGAUUCAAUCCCAAUUGUGAUAUCAUGAAUGUUCACAGCUAAAGAGUUCCAUAUUAGCAUGAAACAACUGUUCAGUGUUUCCAGGUAUCCAAUAUUAGUCUAACAUCGGUCGAUUCAUGAUAUCAACCAAAAAAAGAUAGUUUCAUGUAAGAGUUUGUGGUCUUGAAGUAAAACAUGUAACUGACGAUAAUAAUUGUUUCUGACAUUUUGCAAACAAUAUUCAAUUUUAAUGGUUGAGAUCAUGAGUCAUUUGAAUUUAGACACUGAUGAGCCCCUAAAUGCCCUGGUACGGCCAAGAGUGAGGACGGCCAGCUCUCUCUCUCUCUCUCUCCAGAUGCUUUCAAGUGGCCACGUGCAUAUAAUCACUACCAGGGAAGUCCUACUUACUGCCUUCUCGCGGUAUUAUUGUUGUUUACGAAAUUAAGAGGACGAAAAGCUAAUGUCCGGCAUUUUACUCGGAUUGGUGGACACGGAUGAUCCAUCUAAGGGAGUUGGAAAACCCUGAUUCCAAACCAAUGGUGUACAUGUGUUCCACGAUCCUAAGGAAACAAAUGACAUGUGAACCAAUUGUUGAUCACCGGCUACCAUAGGACUGCAUGUACUGACGUUUCUCCACUACCUUGUGGAUCAGACCUUCUGGUCAAAAGCUGUGGUUUGGCCUCCUACGAAAACCACCUACUUCGGUUUGAACACCUGGCAGCAUCCCAGCUCUCACACAAAUUGGAUGAUUUAUGUUGCGCAUAUUAAUUUGAUGCCUCCUUGUAUCAAUGUUUAUGUUUUUAUAUAAAUAAUAAAUAAAUAAUAGACCACCAUGGAAAACCUGAUAGCACUAGACAACUUUUCCAUGGUGGUCUAACUUCAAUUAACACAUGAUUUCAAUUAUUAAAACCACUAUAAUAUCUACAAACUCCUUUUGAUAAUAUUCAGUUUGUGAGUUAAUAAUAUAUCUGUUAUAUUUGAUUGUCGUUGAUUUCUGUGCCGGAAAAACGCUGAUCACUUAAACUCGGAAUGAGGGACCUCGGCAAUUCCCGCGAUGAGAAAGUAAGAACACAAGACUUGUAUAAGUGAAGAUUUAUUGGCCUCAAACACUAUGACGACGACGAAUCAAAAUAGUCUAAAAUGCACUGGUUUAUAUACUGACUGUACACCCAUUUUGAUUAAUAAUUAUGAUUAAAUCACAUACUCAAUUAUAACAAAUCACUUACUAUGCAUAGUUCAUGUCAACUGAAUACAAGAAUAUCGUAUAUUAUACCGAAGAAAAUAUCAUACUGGGAAAACCAACCCAAAUACUACACCGAAAUAAUCCUCAUGUUGAAUUAGAAGGGAAGUAAUGUUGAACAAAACUCAUAAUGAGUAAAUCAAUCGAAAAUUGACUUUUCUUUCCAUCAUAUCAAUAUCUCUACUAUCUAAGUCAAUCAUUCAUUUUAAUCUUUUGUUUUUUGUUUGUUUCAUCAUUUUAGAUUUUCAAAGUUUAAUGUUACUACAUAACAUGAUGAACUCUUCCUAAAUCAUAUUCUUAAAGGAAAACAGCGACAACAACAACAACAACAACGACAAAAGUAACAACAAUAAUAAUCAUAAUAAUAACAAUCAUUAUUCAUGUCUUUAAUGACAGCUGAUUUAUCAAAUCAAAUUCCAACUGUAUUAAUAAUGUUAGGUAUUAUUUGUUUAAUUGGAAUAUUUGGUAAUACACUUGUUAUUAUUGUAUAUUCAUUAAAACAAGAUCGUUUAACAGCUACAUUAUUUAUACUUAUAUUAGCUAUAUCAGAUUUUUUAGCAUGUAUCACCUUGAUACCUGGUACAAUGAUUAUAGAAUAUGUUGAAUGGAAUAUUGAUUCAACAUUUUUAUGUAAAUUUUAUUAUUUUAUAAAUAAUACUUUUAUACCAUUCAGUAGUUUAUUAAUUAGUUGUAUAGCAUUUGAUAGAUAUUUUUGUUUAUGUCAUCCAUUUAAAAAUAUUUUAACAAGAGAACGAGCUAAACGUGUCAUUUUAAUAUUGAUUUUUAUAUGUAUUAUAUUAGGAUUUAGUUCAACAUUUACUGUUAGAGUUGAACAAGUUCAUUUUGAUACAAAUAUAAUCAAUAAUAAUGAUAAUAAUAAUAAUAAUCGUCAUAGCAACAAAACUAUAGAUUAUAAUUCAACUAUUAAAUUUGAUUAUUCAUUUAAUUCAUAUUAUAAAAGUGAAAAAUUUGAAUGUACAGAAAUAUUAAAAUUAAAUCAUACAAUGAUAGAAACAGUUCUAUAUCAGAUUGUACAAAAAAGUCAAACAUGCAGUUAUAUUUUAUGCAUUCUCUGCGUCGUUACACUUUAUAUAUUGAUUUAUCGUUCAGUAUCAAAAGUAUUUAAAAAACGUUUAGAAUUAAAAGGUGUAAAAAAAGAGAAUAAAAACCAUAAAAAAAUCGAAAAAAAUCAUAAAAAAAAGAAAAACUGUGAAUUUACAUUUAGAAAUUUAUUUAAUUAUAAAUCGAAAAAAAUAAAAAUAUCCCCAAUGAAAUUAACAUUAACAAAUCAAGAUAAUCCAUUCACUCAAUGUGAUGGAUUCAAUCAACAUAUAAAUAAUACUAUAAUAUCUGAAUCAAAUUAUACGGAAACAAUGAAACCAUUAAAUGUUUUAUCAUGUAAUACUAUUGAUAUAAAAAAUAAUGAAGAAAUGAAUGAUCCAUCACAAAAACACGAUCAUCAUCAUCAUCAUCAUCAUCAGCAACAACAACAACAACAACAACACCACGAAGAACAACAACAACAACACCAUCACCACCACGAACAACAACAACAACAACCACAAACAAUGAAAUCAAAUACAUUGGUUCCUAUAAAUUGUUGUCAUAAUACAGAAUCAGUAAUGAUUCAACCAAUUACAUUAAAUUAUGAAACCAAUUUAAUUAUAAAUGAAGAGAAAACACGUCGUUCAAUGAAAACAAUCAAAGAUAAUAUUGCAUUUCAAAAUUUAAAAACAGCAGCAAUGUUAUUUGUUGUAGCCGUUGUUUAUAUUGUGACAUUUAUACCAGCUAUGUUAAUGGCUAUACAAUAUGUACCAUUAUAUUUACCAAUAUUUUAUUUAUAUUAUAUAAAUAAUGCAAUUAAUCCAAUUAUAUAUGGUUUUAUGAAUCCAAAUUUUCGAGCUGAUAUACAUCUACUUAUUUGUCAAAAAUUAAAAUGUAUAUAAAAUGAAUAUGAAUGAUACUUAACAAUGAUGAAUGAAAUGAAUAGAUCAUUUGAUUCAAUUUAUAUAUUGUUGAAUAAAAAGAUCUAAUCUUAUUCUAAAUGUAUGGAUCAAUUCUUCUUCAUUUGUAUUUAUACAUUCCUUGAAUUGAGAUUCGAUAUAUAUAGAGAGUAUUGUAUUAUUGUAUUACAUAAUAUAUAUGUCUAUGUCUAUUAUAUCCUAAUUAAUUGUAAAUAAUGUCAUACAAGUUGCAUAUGACUUUAUUAUAACUGCAAUAACAAAUAUUAUUGUUAAAUUACAUAUGUAUCUAAACAUAAAUGUUAUUUCAUUACUAUACAUCAUAAAAAAUUAGUGGAGAUAUACUUUUUGUUCUUAUGAAUGUUAAACUAGUUGUUCUAAAAGCAAUUCUGAAGUUUUAUUCGUUAGUAGGUAAUAAUGACUAGGUGUUAUGACUUUUAAUGAAAAAUGUAACUAAUUAUGUAUUUAUCAAGUAAAUAAAGUUGUAGAGAUUGUUGAGUUUAAAAUGAUAUUAUGAUUGGAUUAAUCACAAAGCACAAUUGAAAACCUGAAAUAAAACAUCGGAUGACUGAGACCGAAAAUCGUGAAUUCGAAUCCGGUGUGCUGGAUUGUGGAUACGCACUGCUGAGGAGUCCUAUACUAAGACGAAAUGACCGUCUAUUGUUUUCAGAUUCUCAAUGGUGGUCUAAUACUGACCCAUUGAUGAUAUCAAUCUAGAAUAAGAUGUGUUCCUUCGUGGUCAGAUUGAGAGGUAGAUAAAGAUAGUCGGCUUGAACAAAUCUUGAAUUUCUUGUUUAGUCAAGUUUGCACAAAUGU